UUCGAUAAUAAAAAAAGAACAGAAAAAAAAAACCUAUCAUCGCCGCCGCCGCCUCCGGUCAUCAGCUCCGGCAAAGAAACAGACACACUUUAUCAUAUAUUAUUUUAUUAGAUUAGAUAAAUGCGAAUGGCGAAAUCACAGUUAAUCCCAACUGGGUUAUCUUCAUCUUUACAUAUUCUGACUAAAUUUCACAGCUUUUUCACUUCAACAAGAACAAAUUAUGUUAGAUUAUUGUGUAGUUGCUCUUAUAAUUAUAACCAACAAACACUUGAACUCGAUAAGUAUAAAGAAACAUUCUCCAAACGUAUGGCCAUGGCUGGUCUCCAACAACAUCAUCGCAUUGCUGUGGGAGUCUCUGGUGGUCCUGACAGUAUGGCAUUGUGUUUACUAGCUGCUGAUUGGAAAACUAAUGGACUAAAUGCUACUUCUCGUGGGAAAAAUGAUGUUGUUGAUGGGUUAUUGGCAAUAAUCGUGGAUCAUGGAUUACGUGCAGAGAGUAAGGACGAGGCAGAAAUGGUUCAGUGUCGGGUGCUGGAUAUGGGAAUCAGAUGUGAGAUUGCCCAUUGUAAAUGGACAGAUGGUAGGCCAAAAUUGGGUCAUUUGCAAGAAGCAGCUAGAGAUAUGAGGUAUGAAAGAUUACAGGAUAUUUGUAGUCAGCACCAGAUAGGCGUGUUACUUAUAGCACAUCAUGCUGAUGAUCAGGCAGAGUUAUUCAUCCUUAGACUAUCUCGUAAUAGUGGCGUUCUUGGACUUGCUGGAAUGGCAUUGACCACACAAUUAUUUGCUGCAAAUACAAGUUUUAAUGGAACAUCGAAUAGCAUUUUAAUAGUUCGGCCACUUUUGGAUUUCUCAAAACAAGAUUUGUACAAGAUAUGUGAAGGUGCCAAACAGGAGUGGGUGGAGGAUCCCACAAAUCACAAGACCAUAUUUGCACGGAAUAGGAUCCGAUUGUCCUUACAAAACCUGUCAUCAUCUAUAUUUAAAUCUGAGUUGCAAGCAAUCAUAUUGGCAUGUCGGAGAACUCGUUUCUAUGUUGACCAAGUUAGCCAAACUUUGAUAAGUCAAGCAGUGACUGUUAUGCCUCAAGGAUAUGCCAUUAUUGAUUUACUAGUUUUAAAUCCUUCAGAAGUCUCGGAUAUUUGUCUCUCCAAGUUCGUGACACUCCUAUUGCAGUUUAUAUCCCAAAGGCAAAGACCAGUCCGAGGCAGAGCACAGAAGUUGCUAUUGAACUACUUCCGGGCAUUCCCAUGCAAGUCUUCUUUUACUGCAGCCGGUUGUUACCUAUGUGCAGCACCUGGUUCCAAAGGCACUAAGGUUCUUAUUUGCUGUUCAGUCAAUUCUGCUUUACCUAUGAAGAUGCAAUCAUUCUAUGUAGGCUCUUCUAAUGAACCGAAAGUCAACAUUUCAAGCGAGCUAGAACAAGUCAUAGAAACUGGAAGAUCAUAUUCAAAUAAAAAGGUACUAAAUGCCUUAGAGGUGCCAUUUUUAAACACGACGUCUGUUGAUUCUAUUUUAACUGAAGCCAAACGGCUCAAGAUUCUUAGUGAACCAACAUGUCAAGCAAUUUGUUCUUUGCACGAGACUGAACUUGAAAAGUUCAAAUUAAAACCCGAAGCUUUGCCUGACCAUGAAUCGCCGAAGGUUGUGGAAUCGGUUGAAGCUAAAGAUCUUCGUCAUGGGCAAAUAGGUCAUUUCAUGGAUAGGUUUUCGGUGUCAUGGGAGCUCAUUUACAGAAGAUGUGAUAGUUGUUGUGGGCUUGACCAAGACUCGGUCACAGAGGUGCGUCAUAUGGUUGAUGCUGAUUGGCUGUAUCUUUCUAAAUUAAAUAAGAGUGAACAUAUGGAAGGUAUUCAACUUGAAAGGGUAAAUGCAGUUAGAGAAUCAGCACACCAAGCUCUUUUGUUAUUGAAGUCAAUUCCAGUUGCCGCAAGAAGAAGCCUUCCUGUUCUAGUCAACCCCAAAGGACAGAUUUUAAGCAUUCCGAGUGUUUGCUUCAGCAUUUGUCAAUGUUUAAAGGCGUCAGCUGAAUUCAUUCCCAGAGUACCUCUUGGUGGUGGUUACAGUUCAUUUUUAUGACCAUCUCUGCUAAAUGUGUUCCAGACUGGUGACUGAGGUACAUUUUUAAGAACUCAAAAGGGUCCAUUUCGAAGUUGGAACUGCAGAAUUGUAUAGAUAUCAAAAGCUACAUUCAAUAGUUGGUGUGCCACAUUUAGCAUAUAUAGUGGACCAUUCUGUAUGCAAAACCCGUAUGGCUUAGUGAGUUAGUUCAUUUCUCUUUCACAUACCGUCGAUGCUUAUGAGGAGAUCAACUACAGAAGCCGAAUGUAUCGCUACAGGGACCCAAUUUUGCAUGAUCGUAAAGUCAAUUUUGUAUGAGCGCUUCAUUUGGAUCCAGGUUUAUACAUAUGUGUCGUGGACCAGAUCCUAUUAUGUAGCCAUGUUGGUAGUAUACACCCUCAUAUCCUGCUACCACUCGUUCCACAUAAAGCACAUCAAUUUGUACCCGCAAAUUCAAAGCACAUCAGUUUGUACCCGCAAAAUCAACUCGGAUAAUACGUAAGCACUUAAGCUGCAUCAAGUGUCAAGUGUGGCCCUGGCUGAAAUGGAGAGAAACCGACAACAGGUGGACUAUCUUGUUCCUGAUUUCAGCAUAUAUAAAGGGAUGCAUGGAAGGUCAAAAUAAUUAUUAAUGCUCAUACCACAAUUAAAUCGGAUCUUCUCUAUAUAUUUCUAUAUUCCCUAACAAUAAAUUGCAUUUGAAACAAUGCUGAUUCUACAAUUGAGUCGGGACUUCUUCAUAUCAACUAACUUAGAAACUUUAUGGUUCCAAUUCUGAUGAGUGAUGAGUUUUCCUUUUUAUAAAAGACAAAUAAGCUGGGGCCAUACAGAAAUAUAGACCGAUAUAGACAUUUGUUAUUAUAUAAAGUUGAUCAGUUGGGUAAAAUCUACGCCUUUAGGGAUCAGUCGAGUUAUCAAGUCUAUUUUUGCAUCGAAAAACUUUUGGCCUUGAGAUGGAUGUCACACAACGUAGCGUGUGUCGGUUCGUCUUUGAGUGUCAUUAUAAUUAAGCUUGCAUAUGUGUAGAUUGGGAUGAUUAUGUUAAAAGAAGCUAAACUUGCUUUUGUACUAUAUAGUUUUGUUGCAUUUGAUUCUAAAUCGGACUUGACACCCACCAUUGGGGCUAAAA